AACAUUUUACCGAAUGCUUCAGUACCGUUGGUUGAUCGGGCAUCUAUUCUGAUCUCAACAAUCAUAUAGCACGAAGAACCUUGGAGUACAGAUUGUUUUGGAUUUAGCAUUCCAUUCGUUUCCACCAUCGGCUUCAACCUCAUGCAAGUGCCAAGACUACAAUAUAUUUUUGUGGUUGCUGGACAUCUGAUUACUGUCGAAGUCCUGAAGCAACGGACGCCAAGUUGGUAUGCAAUCAACUGACGAGCAAUAGCGGCAUGCAAGUUUAGUCAGUCGCCCGUACGAAGGCAACGUUCGGUGUAACUAAGGUUGAAAGCAGAGUGACGAGAAAUCGUACUUCAACUAUUACUGACUAGAGUUGAUGAACGGAGUAUAUUUAGAUUAACCUAUGUCGCGGAACAAAGUAUAUGAUGAAGUUGCCGUGGAUAAGGCUAACUAUACUGGGCCUUUGAUUUUCACUGGAGAUAUGAAUACCUGUCCUUGCGUUUCCCUUCCGUCUUCGUCCACUUCUGCGACUCCCCGGCCAGUCGUGACAAGUCUUAGACCAUCAUCUGCGUGUACACGCCCACUCGGAGCAUUGCGUAUAUUCUAUCUUCCAAGGCCUAACUCUGUUGGUGCCAAUCGGAAUAAGGUUGUAUCAACGACACAAGAGAAAUGCCAAUUAGAGAAGAAUGUGCUGCACGCCAGUAAGCGCCAAUACCAAAAGACGGGAAUGUUUCCAAACCACAAGCUCGAGCAGAACCUUGUGACGGCGAAAAAUUCAAGUUCGACAGUUGAACUCACAGCUGGUAAGUCGGUUCCAACAACGGUUAAGGGAAAGCCCCUGAUGAACAAAUCUGCACCUUUUUAUUGUUAUUGCACCAACAGCCGUGUCCGAGAUGAGUCAAUCGCAUUCAGUACCCCUUCCAAUGGACUAAGCGGUACAUGUCGAUUCGGCCCAGUUCCGGUAUCUUUUCGAUACCGUCAACCGAAACCCUUUGUGACUCAGCGAAGACAAGAUCACGUGAUGGCGCCAUCAUCGAUCUCGUCUAUCUCAACGGAAAAUUUGCUACCCCGAGCAGCUAGCGAAACCCGGUCUCCGCAUGGGAGUGGGAAACCUGCAGAUGACCGGAAACAGUGGCUGUCUGGCGGUGCGAUUUGUGUCACCACACAGCUAACUCCCGAGCCAGUGAACCAUUUUUCUGUUGCACCAAUAAAAUUCCAUCCGCCAAAAGGUUUCAGGAACUUGGUACCCAGCCGCAAUAAAGACAACAAAGUAAACGAGUUUGUUUCUGAGACCCAGGAGAAAAUAUCACAACAGGCUGUGUUGUGCAAUUUGAGUAGCCAGGAGUAUAAGGCGAUAUUGGGACCUGACUGUAUGUUUAUCGAUUCAUGCGCAGCUUAUCCUCACGCAGUUCGAAACCAAUUGACUCUAACUGUUGGGAACCCAAAUUUGACCAGUCAUGACAAAACCAAGUUAAGCUUCUCGGCUGCAGAACCGUCAGGAAUCACCAGUACACAGAGCGAAUCACGCACUAAAGCAAAUUCCUAUGAAGAGUCGUCGAAUGAAGACGGAAGCUGCCUCGAAGAGAAACAAGAGAGAGACAAAGUCAUAAUUUCGCCAUCUCCUCUUGGGCCCCAAGUAGUAGAACAUCUUGAGGUCAGACACAAUGAAACCCAAGAGAACCCCCAGUCCGUAACGCCCUCUGCUCAGCGAGUUGAGUCCACUAAUCUUGCUCGUAGUCAACCGCUUAAAACUGCGGGGUUUGCAUUGGAACCGCAUUUGGAGAAAAGUCUAAAAAAUGAGGAGAAUAGAGUUGCUUGCCAAUCCCAUAUAUUACUCCCCAAUAGCGAAGCGUGUGCGCACAAAUUUAUUCAAAAUUCUCAACACGUCCCGGAUAGGAAUUGCGAGUUCAUCUCCAGUUCCAGUCCCAAACUGAGGGUGAGUUUGAUCAAACCAUCACGAAAGUGCUUUGAAGUUCGGUUGCCUGACAACUUCCAGGGUGAACUAGCAAGCUAUGAACAUUUGAACUUCGAUGAGGCUGCAUCACAAGCAACACCCCCGUUCCCUACUUUGGAUACCCAAAUCGAUCAGGAGAAAACUAAUAGGACGAAUGAAUCCGUCGAUGUGGCAUUCAAGAUACCCGCUUACGCGCAAGCGCCUAAAACCCCAAACGAGCUUGUUUUAGAUGGAACUGAGACGAGUUUGGAAGCAUCAUCAGUGGAAGAUUUCGAGCCGCAAAGUAACCCGACAACAGAGGUUUCUCAUUCAUGCGCCUUCGCCGCAAAUGGAGUAGAAAGUGCGUGUUUAGUGAGACAACAAAAUCAACCGCAUGAUCUGAAAAUAAACAAUGCACUAUUUGUACAACGCUUGCAGUGCAAUAGACUAGAAUUUCUUUGUGAACAAAAGACGAAGACUGAGGGUUUCAACGAGAAGUUUAACUUAGCGACACAAACAUUUGACAAUACUGCAUAUCCUGCCAACAGUAAUGUUGCGAGUGAGGCUUGGAUACAACCUAGUGUAUACCAAGUAAAGCCAAUCCUUAAGCGUCCAUCGUCAACCUCUAAAGUAUGUAUAAGGAAUGAAAGGAACGAUAAGACGAACUCAUCCAAAGAUUUCUAUCGUCCACACUCUGCUCAAAUGACAUCUAAGCGGAAUUCUUGGAUUUCCCAACGGCGCAUGCUUGAUACUAAUGAGCGUCCUCGUGGAAUGCUGUCAGCCAACCGACAAGCAGUUGUUCGUUUUGACACGCGCAGCAAUUCUGUGUUUGAAUUCAACCCCUUUGAUAUCAUAUACACUCCUUUCGAUCACAGUGAACCAUAGUUAAAGGACAAAAAUCUAUGAGCUCAGAGACUGUACAGAAAACCUAUGAUAUGUGCCUUAUACAAAUAUGAGUCGGUUAUCAUUUCCACUUAGAGUUCUUCAUUCCAGUGAGUCAGCA